GAAAUAUCAUCUAUCUACUGCUUUGCUUCACUUACACUGAAGCUCGCAUUUGGGCUUGGAUGCUCAACAUGCCGCAUAACCCGACCAAAGAGGGCGCUAAAGCACUUAUGGACCCCUCUCCUGCACCGAAACCAACCACGGCUCUGUGUGACCAUGAUAGGGCGUGCGGUCGUGGUUUCACUUGUGAUAGACAUUUUGGUUUGUGUGUGCCGUUGAGAGGAGAGGGGCUGUACUGUAGGAGAGAUACUCAGUGUGUCCGAGGCCUCAGCUGCAUGUUUGGGAAAUGCCAUCGCAGUAUUCCCAACGGACAAGAAGGUGCCAGGUGCAAAGUGGACAGGGACUGCGGAUCGUCCAUGUGCUGCGCUCGCCAUCACGGUGAGCUUGUCUGUAAGAGGCGUCUGAUUCGGGGAGAGAGCUGCUACGUCCCUGAUGGAGGUUUAGCCUUUAGCAUCAACCAGAUCUGCCCCUGUGAUGAGGGACUGCUCUGCCGCGAAAACACCUCACCCUACUGGAGAGAGAGGGAGUUUAUCUACCAGCUGGAACGGCCAACUUGGUCCUGCCAAAUUCCUCGACCCUAACGCAUUAUAGUGAAACUUAUUUAUGU